GAAGAAUAAAUUCGAUGAUGAGAGUGAAACCAGUUGAUUCCUUAAAAGCAUUUUUUGGCGACGAUAUUACAUCUGUAGAUUUUAGGAGCAAGGGGAAAUAGAAGCAGAGUUUGCAUAGAUCGGAACAGAGGAACUUAUGAAGGAGUUCCUAACAUACAAGCUUCCAAAUCCUCUUCGUUUCCCUAAAGGGUGAAAAAUAAAUCUCUGCCCCUCUCAACUCUUAUUGAAAUACUCAAGCAGAAAACUGGUAAAGAUGACAUUGAUGAGGGAAAGCUCAGGCGAACCCUUUUUGAUGUCUUUGGUAAGGAUGCAAGCCCCUAAGUGAAGAAAUUCAUGAUCUUUAACAAACUCCAGCAAGUUGAUGGUGAAAGUGGAGGUGGUGGUGGUCUCUUUGGGAUGGUUGGUGGUCUGGCACAAGAGUUUCUCAAGCAAAAGCUGGAUGAGAAUGAUGAAUCAUAUGGCAAACCUGCAUUGGAGACACAAGUGGGCAGCAAGCAAGAGGUUUAUGCUGGAUCAACCAAGCGCUCAUUACCUGAUGACGGGAUUUUGAUCAGUGGCUGUCAGACCAACCAAACUUCUGCGGAUGCCAGUCCUUCGGGACAUUCUGCUGAAGCUUAUGGAGCCCUUAGCAAUGCAAUUCAGACAAUACUUGCUGAGGCUGAUGGUCCUGUUACUAAUUAGGAGCUUGUUUUGAAGGCUAGGGAAAUGCUGAAGAGACAGGGUUUCACUCAGCGCCCUGGCCUCUAUUGUGGUGACAAUCAUGUUGAUGCUCCAUUUGUGUGCUGAUCGACCCUAAAAUGAACAUUUGUCAGAUAUCAAAACAAAUAAUUUGAUCUACGUGUGCAUUAUGCAAGUGUGUGUUUGUUAUCCUUGAACUGUACGGUUUGCUGUUUGGAUUUUGUAGACAGUAAAUGUUGAGCAGAAAUGAAUUUCUAUUGCAGCU